CCUAACCCAAGUACGCAAGGCAAAAUCUGGCCAACUUGGAUUUUUCUUCCAUGCCGUCCCAACGUCACUAUUCUCCAGCACCAGAGCUAUUUCCUCCACUUUGCGCGACCAAAAAGAGAAAAAACGCCACUCCAUCGGCCAUGGUUCUUUGAGAAACAACACGUAUACCUCACGAACGAAGCCUCUUUAAACCCCCGACAGAUCCCCAGUCAAUCGCAGGGGCCUCUCUCUCCGCUGAGACGAGACUCAUCAACUUUGCCAACAUGGCCUCCCCCUUCGAGACUGCCAAAAUCAAUCUCGACUACCUCCCCUACGCCUGCGAGUUCGACCCCCAAGAUGCGAACCGCCUUGUCGUUGGCGGCGGCGGCGGCGCCAAUAGAAGCGGUGUUGCCAACAAGAUCACAGUGAUCGACGCCUCAGCCAAGGAUGAGCUGCGCAUCAGCGGCGAGGCCGACCUCAGUCGCAACGAGGACAGCGUCAUGACCCUUGCCAUCGGCCCCAAGAAGGGUCGGACCAGCCACGUAUACGCCGGCAUCAACUCGAGCCCCGCCGACGUCGAGAAGGGCAAAAACGAACACUUCCGCGUCUUCGGCGUCGAGCAGAGCAAGGCCCGCGCCUCGGCCGGCACUGGCACCUCCACCGUGACCGUCGCCGAGCUCGCGCGUACUGCCCUAUUCGAGCACAACGAGAUCGACAAGGACGCCUACCAGCGCGUCCUGCGGCUAUCCGCGCCCUACGGUGACAAGCCCCAGCUCGGCGCCGUGGCGACCGGCUUGGCCAAAGAGUCGCAGAUCGCGCUAUUCGAGGUCUCGCCCACGAGCGCCGCUGCGCCCAAGGUCAGGGGUAGGCUGGACAUCACCAAGGAGCCCAUGGACAUCGACGUCAUCCAGACUGGCGAAGACGAGUUCCAGGUCGCCUACUGCGACGACCGCGAGCUCUUCCUCAUCAAGAUCACAAAGACUCAGGUCGACGGCCCCCAUCUUGUCUACACCAUCCAAGAAGACGGCACUGGCGCGUGGCCCACAUUCCGGUCGAUCCGUUUCCUCUCGCCAGACUUCAUCAUGGCGGGCACCAACAUCCCCCAGCGGGCCGGCUCCCUCCUGCUGGGCAUCCGACUACCCACCAAGGCGGGCGAGGUCGGCCGGCUGUCGGCGUCGGCGAAGCUGCCGCGUGCCGUGACCCAGAUCACGACUAUUGCGGCGCGGAACCUGAGUCCGCCCUCUACCCCCGGCGGCAAGAUUGGCAACGCGCAGUUCCUCGUCGCCGCUGUCGGCCAGGACCGGUCGAUAUCGCUCUUCACACUCGAGCAUAAGGUGUACUCGACCAUCGACCUACUGGUCGACUUUGACUUCCUCACGACGCUAAAGGAGGUGCACCCGCUGCAGAUCACCAACGUUGCCCUGUCCGUCUUCGUCCCGCCCAAGACCACCGCUCGCCCUCAGUACGUCAAGCUGGCAAGCAUCUCGAUGAAGAACACCGUCGUCGUGCACUCGAUCCUCCUCAAGAAGUUCACCGACAAGGACGCCCCGAUCCGCAAGGGUGGCCCGCCUCGCCCGCAGCGGUACGCCGUCGCCCUGCAGCCGCGCAGGCUCACAAAGUCGCGCCUGACGGUUGUUACCUUCCUCGUCCUCCUGCUCGCCGUCCUCGUGCAGCUUAGCCUCGAGACCGCGGGUGUCUCUCCCCUGCGCAUUUUGCCCAGCCGCCACGCCGUUGCCAAUGCGCCCAACGAAUUCCUCACGUCACUCAUCGGUGAUGUCCACGCCCUCCAGGGCGACCCCAUCGUCAUCCGUGAGGACGUUGUCAGCCCCACCCAUAUCGAGGAGGACCCCGUGCCGCGGUUCCAGGCCGCCGUCCACGAUGAGGAGGUGUAUGGCCCAGCUGUUAGCUGGGAGGACCUCGCGCCCCAGCAGAAGAAGCUGUGGAAGGAGAAGCUUUCUAAGGCCGGGCACUGGACGCAGAACAUGGGCGAGAGCGUCUUUAAGGGCAUCCUCUUCGGAGAGAUCGCGGGGGCUGUCGGCCGCGCGGUGGGUGGCUGAGAGUGCCUUCAGGCCGUGCGUGUAUUUACUAUGGGGCUUGAUGCGUGUUCACGGGUAUUUCGUGAAUAGAGGUGCCCAGGGAUGGGCAUGUACGAUUUUUAUAAUCACGAACUUGUACGAUUUACUGGAGCGUAUUGAAUGGUGCUUUGACGAGUAGCUGGGGUGCGAUGCAGUUGAUGGACCAGUGGAUACCUUAUAUAUAGGAACCGUUGGACCGCCACUAUAUGUUAAAAGAAAAUAUUUUCUUGCCAUACGAUGGUACGUAGGGAGGAAUCUCGUCGCUCGUGAUGCGGAUGGCAGCCAAGUCGAAUCCGGCCUGCAACUUCGGAACCUGUCUUGCUGCUGCCGGAGCAGUCGUGCCAUCGGAUAUCAGAGAGAGAAAGCUGGAUCCGUAGUGAC